CAUUUUUGUGUUUGUAUUCAUGCGGGCGGGUGACAGUGUGUAGUAACCUUGUUUGUCUUGAUGUUAUGGGAAAUGCUGCGUAACCAUCCUUCCCCAACAUUCCACUUCCCUGCCUUCUCCCCUCUGCCCCCCUCCUUCCUCCCCCUCCCUUGCCCUUCCCCUCCCCCGCGUGGUUGUAUUGAUUACCAGGCCGCGGCCGACACAGUGGAGCCUCCUGGUGGGGAGGCGCUGAAGGAAAUCAAUAAACCGCCUCACCCUGCUCCACUACUCCAUUGCAGCCGUGAAAGUGUGGAAUGAGAGUUUGUUCCCUACAUUCUCUUUUCAAGGAUUAGCUUGAUCUUUGACAGUGUUUUUUUAGUGCAUAAACACAUUUCACUACGCUUUGUGUUGAGAGCUAGCUGAUUUUAUGCUCAAUUUCAAACUGUUUCAUCAUCAUUCUUCAUAAAUGUAAAAAUAUAUUUUUUUUUUAUUAAAAGUUUUUUUUUCCCGAUGAAGUGGCUUAAGUGCAGUUUCGGCUGUGUCGGGCAAGAUAUAAUUUGCGAAAUGGGUUGAAUUUUUCCUUCAUCUGGCUGUUGCCUGUGCGUAGACAGUUGAGUGCGUGUUUUGCCACGGGGAUAAUGAUCGACCAAGACAUGGCGGGUGCACAAGACACCAUCUACUUGUGUAACUUCCGCGUUUCCGUCGACGGGGAGUGGCUCUGCCUGAAAGAGCUUCAAGAUGUCGAGUUCAGCAUGCCCGAUACGUCGCAGCCAUCGACGCCUUCUCCUGAUGAUCCGAUACCGCUCAUCGCUCGUGACCCAAUGAUGAUAGAGAGAAGCAAUCUAGUCAACAUAUCGAAGCUGAUCGUGAAGGAACUGAUAGAGACCUCGCUCAAGUACGGUCGAAUGCUCGAUACAGAUCACAUGCCCUUGCAGCAUUUCUUCAUUGUACUGGAACAUGUACUAAGACAUGGGCUCAAACCAAAGAAGGGUUUACUUGGACCAAAGAAAGAACUGUGGGACAUCCUGCAGGUGGUUGAAAAAUAUACCAUGGACGCUCAGGAUAUCACCUCUAGUGUGCGAGAUCUUCCAACUGUCAGCACCCACAUGGGCCGUGCUCGGGCCUGGCUGAGGCUGGCCCUCAUGCAGAAGAGGCUCGGGGACUACCUCAAGAUCCUCAUCGACCACCGAGACGACCUGCUGAGCGAGUAUUUCGAGCCCGACGCCCUCAUGAUGAGCGAGGAGGCCAUCGUCAUAGUGGGCCUUCUCGUCGGGCUGAACGUCAUCGACUGCAAUCUCUGUGUGAAGGAAGAGGACUUGGAUUGUCAGCAGGGAGUAAUAGACUUUUCAUUGUACUUGAGAUCAAGCAAUUAUUGCAGUGAGAAUUCCUCUGAAGAAGACCUUGAUCAAGAGCACAUGACAACAGUCCUGGAUCAGAAGAAUUAUAUUGAGGAGCUUAACAGGCACCUUAAUGCCACAGUGACCAACCUGCAGUCGAGGGUGGAGGCUCUGACGACGACCAACGCCCUGAUGAAGGAGGACCUGGCCAUCGCCAAGAACAGCAUCCUGGCGCUGGGCCAGGAGAACGCUGCCCUCAAGACGGGGCGGGGCCCGGACGCCGACGCGGAGCGGGCGGACGAGGGCGGGGGGCAUGCCGACGGGAGAGGGGAGCCGAGGGCCCCCUCCGGGGCGGAGGAGCUGAGGCGCCAGCUGGAGGACGAGAAGCGGCAGCGGCAGGAGACCGAGAAAGAGCUGGACCUGCAGAUAAGUCUGAAAGCGGAAAUGGAGGUGGCCAUGAAACUGCUGGAGAAAGACAUUCACGAGAAGCAGGACACCAUCGUGUCGUUACGCAGGCAGCUUGACGACAUAAAGCUUAUCAAUCUCGAGAUGUACAGGAAGCUGCAGGAGUGUGAGAGCUCUCUGAAACACAAAACAGAGCUGAUCACCAAGCUGGAAGCUAAAACAGUUGCAAUGACAGACACAAUUCAGAAAAUGGAUGAAAAACACAGGCAGUGUGAGAGCGAGCGGCUGGCCGCGGAGGAGUCUGCCCGGAAGCUGGGGCAGCAAGUGGCGGAGAGGGAGAGCAAGGCGGCCGGCGUGGAGGGGGACCUGAGGAUAGAGCGCGAGUGGCGGGCGUCCCUGCAGGAGACCAUGGUGAAGGACAGGGACAGGAUUUCCCAGCUGAACCAGGAGCUGACGCAGCUCAGGAGCGUUGCCUCGAAGUUCCUGGCGCUCCAGGAGGAGCACUACCAGCUGAAGGAGCGGUGCGGGGAGCAGGAGCAGACUCUGGAGGAACUCGGCAACCAGCUGAGGAUCUCGAAGCUGCAGGUGGCAGACCUGGAGGAGGAGGCGACGCGGGGCGGCGUCGGCGAGGGCCAGUGGGCGCCCGACAAGGAGGUGUCCCACUGCAAAGGCUGCGGCAAGGAGUUCAGCAUCACCCGGCGCAGGCACCAUUGCCGCAACUGCGGGGAGAUCUUCUGCAACGCCUGCUCGGACAACACCAUGUCGCUGCCGUCCUCUGCCAAGCCCGUCAGAGUCUGCGACGAGUGCCAUGUGCAGCUGGUGGCCAGGUACUCUGUCCUGUAGCGAGCGGAGCGUCCCCGCUCGACCUUCCUUCCAGCCACUGCGUGUGUGUUUCUCAGUGGACGUUGACGACCCGGCAAACAGGCCUUGUAACUGGCGUGUCUUUUUCAAGCAUACUCUCUCACCACCAUCCUCAUCUCCCAUGGAAACAUAGUGGAGUUAAAGGCAAAGUUUCAAUUUGUUUAUUUAUAACACUUCCGCCUUGAGUAACAUAUUGUAUUUUCAGUGCAUGGCAGAAAAUUGUAGCAGUAUAAAGGCAUGUUGUCUAUAUAAUGCUUAUUGUAAGAAAAGUUAUACAUAUGUACUAUGUACAGUUUUGUUGAAAUAUUAUCAUGUUUAUUUAAAGCAAUAUUACAAAAAUAAUUAUUUUUAUUGAUUGUUGCAAAUAAAAUGUAAUUUAAAGCUUUCAUGCCGUGUCUUAUCGCAUAAUUAUCCUAUAUUUUAUACUAAAAUCAAGUUUGAAGAGUAGGGGGUGCAAUUUUUAUGCAAAAAAAAAAGCAUUUUUGUUAGAUGAAGUUAUUCAUAAAAAAACUUAUUCAUGGAAAAAAUGUUUAUUUAAAAAAUGAGAGUAUAUAAAAGCACCCUAAGCAAUUUAAAUUAAUGUCAUGCAACAGAAAAAUUUUUUUCAGCUUAAAAUAGAAAAACAAAAACCGUGACUAAAGAUGAGCCAGAACUAACGUAUAACUAUCGUCGUAGUAAACUCUUACCACAAAAGAGUGCGGGCUAUCAAAUGUAGUUAACUUGGCACUAGUCAGAGCACGUGAGCUGCAUGCAAUCGGCAAGCUAUCGAUAUUUAUAUUCGAAUGCAUGCAUGCGCACUCUAUACUGCAAUCAACAUAACCAAACAUGAAUGAUCCUAACUACCGCUGGCUACUAAUUUACUUGUUUAAGUAACUUAGCGAUGAUGAAGAUGAACUGAUAAAUGUUAUAACAUUUGAAAAUGUCUUUGAAAGAAAAUUCACACGUCAGACAACUUUGUAUUUCUGUUAAUUCAAUAAUCAAGCGGUAAUACCCAAUGAAUAUUAGAUUUCACACUUAAAAUACAUUGUUUUAUACGGAAAAACUACAUACACAAAGUGCUCAGAAUCUCAGCAAGACCAAAAGCAUCAUGCGACGUUUAUGCUAGACUUUUUUUCUCCAUAUUUUGACACCCUAAAAUAACGGUGUGAUGAUUAUGUGUUAAAACACUGUAAUAUUUAAUUUUGGGAAAUUGUACUCAUUGUAUUGCACAUGUUAUUCACGUCAUAGUCAUGAAAAACUAUGAAAGCACAUCAUAAUGUUUGUCUGGGUUGAAUGAAGUAUAGCCAGACUGGUUAGGACUGAUGUACCUAUCUGUUUGUUUGUCACCACUUUUAUUUUGUUUUCAAGCAUGCCGGAAACUUGAGAUGUUGUAGAAGUUUUUGCAGUGUAAAAUUUGAUAUUGUAGUGAUAUCAACAGAUAUUAUCUUUGAGUUGGAAUGCAGAGGAAAAUAUCCUAAGCAAAAAGUCAUGGUUAAAUAUUGAUAGUAAAAAAAGUAAUAUUUGUACAGCACAGCUUUUCUGUGAGGUAAUAAUAAAAUCCCAAAAUACUUUUUUCAAAAAUGAGAGAUGUUCCUCAUUUUUAGCUAAUAAUGUACUUAGAUAUUACUGAGAAAUUUCAUAAGUAUAGCAAAAAGUUUAUUUUAGUAAAUUGGAUUUCAAACCAUAUCAAGUUAGUUUUCUGUACCAUUAACAAUUAAAAAAAUUUGAGGGAGUUAAUAAAUGAUUAUAGAAAGUUCAAAAUUUAUUUUGUAUUUGGCAGUAGUUCAUUUUUCAAGCAGUCUUUUUGUGGCUGGAGAAAUGAAAAUGGCAGUUUUAUUGGUGUAUAAUGCCUAGGGAUAAGAUAUAUGGUAAAUUGCGAUAAAACCAAAAUUAACACCAAAAAGUGUGUCAUACACCAUAUAACACUGAAAUGCAAGUUAAUAAAAGCAUGGAAAUGCAACUAAAAUUAUUAAAUUAAUUAGCUUUUAUAACCAAAAUAAACUAAGAUGAAAAAACCUAACCUUUUAACAUAGUAAAUACAAUAAAUGUAAUUUAUUUACCAGAAAACUUUACCAAAAUGUAUGGAUUGAAAAAAUUGGAUUUUUUUUAUCUUGCAACUGUAAUUAGUAACUCAGUUUUACAAUAUAAUUAGGGAUGGGAUUUUCGAAUCUUGGAUUCGUCGAAUAUACCGAAUCCUAUGGAUUCGAGGAUUCGUAGGAUCCGAGGUGGGAUUCGAGGUAGGAUUCGAGGUGGGUUUUUAAGAGUUUUAGGUAGUAAUUGAAAAUUGUAGUGCUGGGCGAAGUUCGAAAAUUUAGAACCGAACCGAACCCUUACGUUCGGUUCGGUUCGAAACCUCAUAAAAUAUAUUCGAAAAACCGAACGUUCGUUUAAAAAAAAUUACGUUUUUCUAAUUUUCUAACCCCCAUUUGAGACCAUUCACAAAACAGCACAACAAAAUUCCAUUACAUGUAAUAAUCCUACUUUUAUCGCAUAAUCGUCGCCUCAACAGUUUCAAGUGCAGACAAAAAAAAUUAUUAAUUGUCGCAUAACUCGCAUAGAAUUUUUUUCAUAUAGGCGCGCUUUGUUUUUUAUUUACUUUAGAGAUUUUUGUAUGCAUUUCUCGUACUACGUAAUAUAAACUAUCGUACAAAUGCCAAAGGUAUUGUAUAUUAUACCUUUAACUAUAGUGCGUGUACGAGAAGUGUUGUAAAAUCACCAAAGAUUGCGUAACCCAUACGUUAAACUAAAGCGCAUGUACGAGAACUCUCGUAUUUCGGCAAAACUAACGUGAUCAAGUUAACACAAGACAAAUGCGGUAGGAAAUGAUUACGUAAAUUACGUACCUAUUUUAAAUUACUGGGAUGUAUUUAUUUUCUUUGGCCUUUUUGGUUAUAACAGUCAGGUACUGAAAAUAUUAAUUUAAUCUUGUGUAUUAAAAGUACUGGUCCAGUAAAUUUUACAGUACGGUACUAAGUUGACUAGCGUAGUUGCGGCAGCCAUCAUUAUUUCUCGUGUUUUGUUUUUUCCGACGCAAAUUUCUAUAACCACACUUCUUACGUUACGUUAACAAAAUUAUUGUUCUUGAGGUGAUUUGCGAUGAGCAGGCUUACGUCGUUGAUGUUUUCUAAAUGGAGAAAAGAUAAUGACCCAGAUGACCCAGAACCACCCCAAAAAAUGUCUAAAGUUUCUUCUGACGAGCAGCAUUCUUCCAAGAAAACAGCAACUGCAGUCAGCGGGUUUUGUAAUGUAGAUAGGUAACUUAAUUCACAUUCGACUUUUUUUUAAUGUCCUAUUAAAAAGUGUUACUUAUUAAAAAUGUUAUGUGGCCUUAUGCUGAAUGUUCGUCAUCUUUAUAAUAAUAUAUUUUUUUAAUGAAGGUUAGUGUACACUGAAAAAGGAAGAUACCUAGUCUUUUUGAAAUUUAGAUGGAACUUCUUCAUGAAUUAAAAGUAUAUAUAAAGAAAUUAAAUGCAAAAUGAUUUUCUCUAAACUGUUUUCUUUCCUUCAUUAUUUAUUGCAUAAACUUAACUUAUAAAAUGUUUUGCAAUUUAAUAAAGCUAAGCCAUAUGUUUUAAUUUUACAUAUGGCUGGAGAACUUUUCUUUCUCACCAUUCAGUUAAAGACCAAAAUGCUGGUGGUCGGUUCAUUUUAAUUCCAAACAAUUAUUUCUGUAUGAGGUUUGGUUAUCCGGUUCGAAAUUUUUUUGCUAUGGUUCGAUUCAGUUCGAAACUAGAGAACUGAGGUUCAUCCAGCUCUAGAAAAUUGUAUACCUAAAUAAUAUUAUAAAGGUAACGGAAAUAGCACAAACAUAAGAUAAACUACGCUGCAUUUUGUCAAUUAGCAUAACUACUCGAUCAUUUCCAACCUUCAAUAAUAUAACAUUGCAGAAAAAAACUUAAUUUUUUUUAAAUGGUGUCUGUUAUACAAACGUAUUUUAUUGAAAACAUAGGAAGGAUAAAUGUAACAGAGAAUUAGACGGAUGAAAACUUACGUGUGUGGUUUUUGAGGUUAUUUGUCUAUUUUAUAUCAGGUGUACAUACACUAUGCACUUAUUUUAUAAUUUUAUAAAUACACAUGUGAUUUUUUUUUAAUAACAUGUGAAAUUUAGUGUGGGACUGGGAUUCGAGAUUCGAUGACAAACACUGAGGAUUCGAACAAGGAUUCGGAUUCGACCAAAAUGUGGAUUCGUCCCAUCCCUAAAUAUAAUGUUACAUUUUCCAAACACACAAAUACGGGUAUACUUUUAUUGUUCCCAAUAGUGAAACAAUCAUGCUUUUUUAAAAAAAUAUGUUAUAAAUGUGCAUUAUAUAUUACUUAAAAUCAUUAAAAUGCCAUAUUUGUUUAAUAAUAUGCUAUUGUUGUGAAUAAACAGAAUUCAUAAAAAAAUAAAAACAAUAACACAGAAACCUCCUAUUUUAAAAAAUGAAAUUAGCGUAAAAAUAAAACCAUAUAAUUUUGUCCCUAAUAAUGCCAAUUGCUAUUACAUAACAUCAACUAGCCAAAAUAAGAAAGUGAAAUAGUAGUAAAUUAAGUUAAGGGGAAAAAAACUUAACUUGAAACAGUGGUUUUAAUUAAGGAAUUACUGGCUAUAAAAUAUUGUUGUAAGUGCUCUUAAAUGUUACUCUACAAAAUCUAUUUUGAGUACUGAUACGUAUCAGCAUUUAAAUAGAAUGGUUACAAUGGUUACUAUUGUAUCAAUGAAAUGUGUUAAGGACAACGAAAGUAACAUUACUGUCUUUAUUGUUAAGCAUAUGCUCUGCGUAAUAUCUUGUCUCACACCAAGUUAGAUACAUCAAUUUUAAUAAAGUUAAAUGUUUUUAAGUUUUCUGAUUUAUAGGUUAUUGUAAUCAUGGCUAUAUGAAGCAAAAGAAGUGGCUGUUUCGCGUGUAUAUAAGUUUCAUAAAUAUUUCCACUGCCAAAAAAAAUAUGUGGUUCUUAUAAUGUAAAUAAAAAUAUUCAAAAAUUGUUUAAUCAUUUGCAUAAAAUUUUAUUUUGCUUUUUUUAUUAUUUAAAAAAAGGUUUUUUUUGUGUACCUUUAAACUUAGUAAUUAUUGAAUCUUCUUUUUCUUAGAGAAAACAAAAUUUGUUUUGGUUAUUUUUAGCAAGAAAAAUUUGACCAAACUCAUACUAAAAAAAAUGGUAUCAUCAAGUAUGCAGUUGGCCUUGUGAUACAACUUAAUCAAACCUGAUUGCACAAUUGAAAAAAAAAAUUAUUAUGGUGUGUAAUGUUGUAAAUGUAUGUUGUGCUGUACAGAUUAAAAAUUUUUCAAGAAAAAUGUUGAUGCCCUGAGACACUCAUACGUGCUGAACUCAGUUUGUGAGUAAUAUUAAUAACAUAGUAGUAGGUGUUGCCUGGUUGAGAGUGUGAGUUGUUUCUUUGACUCUGCAAGUUAUGGCAUUGAAAUAUCACAUGUUUUAUUUUUCAUCCUAGAAGUGCAAAUUCAGUGUGACCUCAAUAAUAAACCUUAAAAUACCUUGGUAAUUAUAUGUGCCUGGGGUUUGUAUUUGUCAUAUUAACAGUAACAAAACUUCUGUUUUGAAUUGAUUGGUUUUUAAUUUUUAUGUCAGUUUAAAUUAUUUUAGUGAGUGUGAACAACUAUACUUGUUUGAAGAUGGUGGUAUUUUAUAUGUGCAACCUCACCAGCUGGCAUAAUGGAGUAAUCAAAUAGGAAUGAUUAUAGAUAAAUGUUCAUUAAAAUUUUUGCUUUGCUGCCUUGACCGUGUUUCUGGCAUGAAAGUUUGUUCCUGAGUUUGAGGUAUUACAAAAAUCUUUCAUGAACCUUGCUUGUGCAAACUGAAAUAUUUUGGAAGACUCUUGUAUGAAAAAGAUUUUGUUUUCAAAUAAUUUAUUUGAUUUCUUAAUAAAAAAAACACUACAUAAGUAGCUAAAGUUAUGAUGAUAAUAUAUUUAUGUUAUUCAUUUAAAUUCAUUGCAAAAAUUUCUUUGAUACAUUGCAGUUAUUUUUCUAUAUAGUACAAUAGUGCUACAUUUUAUUCUACAUACAAAUAUUAAUCAAUUUACCAUUCCUAAGUUAGACUGCCUUUAAUUGGUCGAAUUCAACAGUAAUUUUUUUUAAACUUUAUUUUUUAACUGUUUUGUAUUAGUCAAAUGACCACCCAUCUUUUAUUUUCCCUUUUUUUUUCUCCAAGCAACAUUUGCAGGUGUUGUGAAAAACUCAAUGUAGGGUUUUGUCUGCUUAAUGAGGAGCUUGCAAACACAACAAAAAUACUUUUAAUAACAUUAAGUACAGUGGAACCUGGCUACUACGAAAGCUGCCUAUGGCGAGAGAAAUCCUCGUAACUACGAGUACUCAUAAUAAAAGAAUAUAGAAGAUUUGAGUCUAAGUUAAAAUCCUGAACCUUCCUAAAAUGUCUUAAUUUCAAACUAUAGCUCAAAUACUGUGCACUGUAGUGAACAAACUCAUAGAAUAAAAGUUGUAGCAAAUUAAAUUUUGAAUAGAAAAGGUCUCUAUGAAUUUUUUUGUAUCUGCAACAUUUUUUGUUUUAAUCGCAAAUUAAAUGGUCUGACUUAUGACUGCACUCUGAAAUGGAGCAAAGAUAACAGCCCCCACCCCCUCCUCAACAGACUGUGUUUUUACUCAUUUGAAAAUGACAUUAUUACUCGUACGAAAGGGCUAACAAGGAAGCACUCUUAAUAAACAGUUAAAUUUAGUAUGAUUUACGUAGUCAUACUAACGGUGCAUUACAAAACUGUCAUAACUUCGAAGGUCUCGUAAAUCUCGUACUCGUAAUUACGAGGUUCCACUGUAAUAGGUGGUUGCUUUAGGAAAGAAUAUCAACUAAUUAUUUAGGUGCUAUAUAUUGUUGGAAAGCUAAGUCAACUUCUUAAUGUCCUGGUUUCCCUGAAACUCAUGUGUGCUCAUCUAUGUCUUUGCAAGGCCUAAUAGUAGGCAUUGCUAAUGCAGUGCAGUGCUCAUGUAUAUUAGGUAAUGCUGUUUCAAAUGUGUAUAAAUACAGUAUGUUAUUUUACUACAAAUUUUUUGGCAUAGUAUUGAAAUUGAUGAUCUGAAUGAGUUGUGUUUUUUAUUUAUGUUAGUAGAAUUUGUUUUUUCUAAAUAUAUUACAAAUUACAUAAAAAAAGAUUGUUACACAAAUUGUUUUAAUAAAGAUUUUUUUGCAUAAAUGAUGUUAUAAUUCUUGCUUGUGUCUGUGUAAAUAUUUUUUAAAUUUAUUUUUGUACGAAAAAUUAUUAGGUAACAAAAGAGUCUACACAUUCCUUAACUUUAUGGAGAUAAAAAAAACUAUAGCAAAUGGUUAUUUAUAUUAUUUUUAAACUCAAUUAAUUUUUAAAAUUUUUGUUUGUUUUUUCGUUCCGCAUCUGGAAGGUAUUAGUGCAGUCAGAUCCGAAGUGUAGAGAAUAAACUAGCCGAGGCGUCGAGUAUCAAGGCAAUAAGGCGAGUCAGCCGUUAACUGGUAAUCACAGCUUCAACGCCCUCUUUUAUCGCCUAUCUGGCUGGGAGGAGGGUAGCCAAUGGGAAGCGAGAGCAGUACUGAUUGGCGGCACAUGUUGAGUAGGUGGUGAAGGGAGGGGAAAAGGCACUGCCUCCCUUCCCAGGGGAGUCUCUGCAGUUGAAAUGCAACAGCACUGAGCCGGGCGUAUUUUGGGAUGGUGACUGUUAGACCUGUGCAUAGUUCAACUAAGCAAAUCAAUCUUAACAUUUUUUAAUAUUUGAUUUGACUUCACCAGGAAAUUUGCUGUUCAUUUUAUUUGAAGCUUCGGUAGUGUUGCAAAGCUUCACAUCUGAUGUGAAGCUAGGCAUGUGUUGCGAAGCUUCAAAAUGUGGUAGCCUAAGAUUCACUCGCGAAAAAAAUCUUUUGUAUUUAUGUUUUGCAGGAAUAAAGUACUUAAAAAAAUCAAAUGUGUCACUCUGGUUUGUUUUUAUGAAUGCUCAGUAUUGUUAUGCAUGGGUAGUUUAUAAUUUGUAUUGAAUGGUGUUAUAUCUAUCACCCUCAAUGGGAAUCCCCAUUUUGUACAUUUAAGAAGCUCCUGGCAUAAUAUGGAUUUCUCUUCUUUCGAGAGCACCGGCUGACCACUUGGUGUUCGAACACUGUCACUAGUGCACUUCAACUUGUCACACAGAGUACUUUUAGGAACAUUGUAUGUUUCAGCUGCAGCUAUUACUGACAUAGGCCACUGUCGUCAAGAACUGCUUUUGUUAAACUGUCACUCAAAUAUAUCUUAUGUGGGCAAUCACCAAUGCUUUCGGAUUACAAUUUUAUCACGUUUUUCACAAAUACAUAAGACGUAAAAUGCAGUUAGCAUAUGUAAAAUACAUUAUAUUUAGGUACUUCUAAAAUGUCAAAGAUUUUAUUGCUUUAUAUAAUGAUGCAAUUUCAUCAGAAUUUUAUCACAUUUUUAAAAACUAUCUCGAGUAUAAUUUGUCAGGAAAGAAUAUCAAAAUUUAUCAAAAUAAAUUUGUUAAUAACCUUGUGUGAUGUACUCGUACAUGUUUUUAAAAAGUAAAUUAAAAGGUGGCAUAGAAUGUGCAAAUUGUAAUGUGCUUCAUUUUCAGGUUUCACCAAUACAGACUGGUGAAAUUAUUUAAUUUCAGUCGUUUGUGACGUCACUUCUGGCCAUGCAAGCGGAAUUAUCGUUCCUAGAGCAACAGCUGGUCGGGGGUGUCGGGUCAUUAUCGCAUUCCCGUGGAGUUCUUUCGGCUAUUUUUUACAGUUAACCAAUUUCUUAGCUUCAAUACUCAUACCUGCCAACUUUUACGGAUUGUCCGUAAGUUUUACGGAUUUUAAUACUAUUUUACGGUUUUACGGACGUCUUAAAUAUCUUACGGAUUUAUUUUUGCGUGGUGGUUUAUUACCGUUCACUGUACGGGCCAUGUAUACCUGCCAAAUUUUACUGUACCAGCCAUGUUACCGACGCACCGACGGAAGGCGGAAUGAAAACAAAACAAGAGAGUUAUUUGUAUAUGGUUUGGACGGUGCUAUUUCAUUUCUACGACCUAGGCAGCUCACAACCGUUUUUUUCUCUCUCCCCACUCUGGUAGUGGGCUGUGGGGGCUGUGAGGGGAAGUUAAAACAAAAUGGCGCGCAGUGAAAUGCUCAAGCCAAUAAGAAAAAGUUAAAGAAAAAAAUAAAAAUAAAAUAUCAACAAAAGUUAUAAUAAUAAACGUAUUUUCGAGUAGUUCCAUGUGAGAAAGUAUCAGGGGACCAGAAGUCACAGAAAGGUAGUUAAAGCGCCCCCCUAACCAGGGUUGUUCUGGCGGGCAGUGGCCGAGGCUGCAGCUGUGUUCGCACCGCGGGGGUCCCAGCCACUUUCCCCCUUCAAAGAAGUCCCGUAAUAGGGUGUUCCUAAACUUCCCACCACUGCUGCUCUAAUAACACAGGAAACCAAGACUUAAAAAGGCACAGACCUGUGAAAAAUUUGUCCAAAACUUAAUUUUUGCACAGUGGUACAGUCGACUAUGCUUAACAACAUGCCAAAAUUUUACCGCUGUAAACCUUGUGCGUAUCACCGAAAAAUUGCAGUUAAUUCCUAAAUGACAGCGACUUAACAACAGUCCAUUAAAAUACUUCCCAUUUAUACUGUUUUUAACGUAGACUCUCCAUAAAACUUUAAAACAAUCUAGGAACAUUGAUGUUGAAAAAAUAUUUGGAAUGUUAUUAAAAAGAUAAUAUAUUAAUCAAUUAAUCUUUAAACUACGUUUUUCUAUCCCUCCCGUCAUAAUGAAAAUAUGAUUUACACAAAACUGAAGAGCCGAAUGCAAAAAAUGUUUUCAGAAAUGCUUUUGCGUAAUAUUUUAGCUUUAAAACAGUAUAAAUAUUAAAAGUAUUGCAUAAUAAUUUGGCUCACUAGAGUACCCGAGCGUCGUAGUGGGUCGUACUGCGACAGUUCUAAGCUCUCACGGCCGGCGCAACACGCUACACUCUGCGAGGUGCCACACUCAUGACACUCGGUCUUAAUUAGGGAUUACCAAUAAUAUAUACCUAUAUAAUAUAUUUAAAUACAUCUAUCGAGACAUAAUUCUUAAAAAAAAUUCUUUUAAGAACGCUUUUAUAUAUUUUCUACAUUUUUUAUUUACAUUUAUGUAAUAAACUUGUGAUGUUGCUAGUAAAAUUGCCUUCUACCGUAGCAGUAAAAUUCCGUUUUGACAAAUUAUCUAUAAAUUAAAAACCUUUGUUACCUGGUAACAAAAAUCGUUCCAGCUCAAGCGACUUCAGCAACCUCACAGUAUGGUACCACACUACGCAGCUUGAAAUGUUUCAGAGUUAACACCAAUAGUACCAGAUUUUUCACAAAUAUGCCAAUUUAAAGCUUAAGAAACAUGCAA